AUGAGCCUCAAGGAGCGCGUCGGAGAGCUGGUUAGCCGGCUGCAGCCCUCCAUGGGCGGCGCGAUCGACAUCAUGUGCGUCCGGCAGCCAGACGGGUCCCUCAAGUCCUCGCCCUUCUACGUGCGGUUCGGCGACUGGCUCAACCGCCCGAGACACCGCGACGUCUCGAUCAAGGUCAACCAGAAGGACGCGCCGGUCAAGAUGGCGCUGGGCCGCACUGGCAACGCGUACUUCCUCCAGCCGGUGCGGGAGGGCGAGGACGCGGACGUGGAGGACCUCGACGACGCCCAGAGCCUCACAGGAAUGGUGUCGCCUCCGUCCGGGUACUCCUCCGACACGGAGCUCCCGCACCACAUCUUGCCGCCGCACAUGGCGCAAGUCGUCAGCGACGCGGCCGAGGAUAUGCGCCGCGACUACUCGCACCGCCACUACUCUGGGGGCACCACGCCCAAGGGCAGCCACGUGCGGCGCGACGACCCGAACUGGGACCACGACACCGGGACCGGGUUCGACGACGCCGCCCCGCUCGGCGGCUCCCCGCCCCUGACGCACCCGCUCGGGUUCGACGCGUACAAGCGCGGGAUGCGGGCCGCGUCCGGGAUGUCGUCCCCGCAGCCGUCGCAGAUCGCGCGGUGGAACUCCGGGUCGGAGGCGGACAACUCGGGCACGGGGAAGUCGGGGGCGUCCGCGCCGCGUUCGCCCGCGGGGGCGCUCCCCCCCGGCCAGCUGACUCAGGCGAUCAAGUCGGCACAGGCAGAACAGGAGGGGCCGAAGGCCGCGGGCGGGGAGGCGCGGGAGGAGGGCGACGGGAAGGCGAACGCUGAGCUGGAGACGGAGCGGCGGAGUCUGAGCUUCGCGCAGAUGGCCGGAUCGAUGGCGAAUGUGCCGCCUGCACAGCCGGUGGCUGCGAUCGCCAUCUCCGGCGCGAAGGACAAGGCGCCCGGGGACGCAACGGCCGAGGUGGCGACGGAGGGACCGCCCGCACCCGAGGUCCCCAACGACCGCCCCGCGACGGUCCAUGGUGCGGAGACCGUGCGCAGUGACGGCUCGGUGGCGUCGACGAAGCCAACGAUCGGGAUGCCGCGCUCCCCGUCCGACAUUCCGACUCAGGGCGCCCCGAUUCUGGAGGUGUCGCUGUGCCACAAGCGGCUGCUCGAGCUGUCGAACUUCGGCACCGGCCCGUCGGUGUCGGAGGAGGCGGCGACCAAGGUGUUUGAGGCGCACCGCGUCCCGGCAGACAACCUGCUGGGCAACCCCGCUGGCCCCGUCGGUCACCCGGACCUGAUGUGCCGCGCCGGCGGCUGCAUCGUGCGCUGGUCGUCGCUCGUCCCUCUGCUGGCCUGCCGCGUGGCGUUCGGCCCCCCUGCGGCGGUGAAGCUGCUCGAGUCGAUGUCGACAGGGGGCGAGGGCCUGGAGGUGUGGGCGGGCACGGUCGCGGGGCUCGGGGAGUGGCUGGUGCAGCCGUGGGGCGACGCAAAGGGCAGGGGCGACAAGAUCGCGAGCGGCGAGACGAGCAAGAACGAGGACGACACAGAGGACGAGGGCCCCCGGGGGACCAACAGCGGAGGCUGGCUCAGGAUCUGGCCGUUCAACAGCACGUCUGAGAAGGCCAGGGGCGACAACACGUCCAUCAGAGGCACGCCUCCGACGCAGAGCGAGCUCCGUUCGCCCCAGAAGUCGGAUCCCGAGGCGCAGAUGCCCACGUCGCCGCAGCGCACGACCCCCCCGGAAGCGUCGCCGGAGAAGGAGGCGCCGGGACGGCAGGCGUCGCAGAAGUCGCCCGCGGGUGAGCAGCCUGUGCCCGGCGCCGGCGGCGCGCACGUCGAGCGGGGCCCGCCGGUGAAGAAGAUGUGGACGCCGAGCGCGACGAUGUUGGAGUGGCUGGGCACGGAGCUGCAGUUCGGGCAGAACGACGUGUCGUUCCACUGCAACGGGCGCGAGGUGCGGGCGUACAUCUACCUGCUCGACUGGACGCACAAGAUCAUCAUCUCGGACAUCGACGGCACCAUCACCAAGAGCGACACCCUGGGGCACGUCUUCACCCUCAUCGGGCGCGACUGGACGCACGGCGGGAUCGCGGACCUGUUUCAGUGCAUCAGCAAGAACGGCUACAGCUUCAUGUACCUCUCGUCGCGGGCGAUCGCCCAGGCGUCGAUGACGCGGGACUUUCUGCACAACCUGCGGCAGGGGUCCACACCACUCCCCCUGGGGCCCGUCAUCCUGUCGCCCGACGGCCUGAUGCGCUCCCUGACGCGCGAGGUCAUCCUCCGCCGCCCGCACGAGUUCAAGAUGGCCGCCCUGCGCAACAUCCUCGACCUGUUCCCGGAGGGCCGCAACCCCUUUUACGCGGGGUUCGGCAACCGCCACUCGGACGAGGUGUCGUACAUGGACGUGGGGAUCACGCCCGGGCGGGUGUUCACGAUCAACCCGCGGGGGAAGAUCACGAAGAUGACCAACACGCAGGCCGGCGCCGUGUCGUCGCUGGGCGCGAUCAAGGCCCACGUGGACGACAUCUUUCCGGCGCUGCACGUGGCCGCGGACGGCGUGCGGGGCGGCGGGGCAGGCGCCGACGGGGACGUCGAGGAGUGCCGGGAGGAGUUCAACCACCUCAACUACUGGGGCCCCGCGCACGAGGAGCUCGACGUGAUCGGGAGCGACGGCGAGACUGGGGUGAAGAUCGGUCACGGGCCGGAGCCGGAGGAGGAGGAACCCGCGUCAAGCAGCGACGACGAGGCGAUCAACUUCUACGGUGCCGUCUGA